CCUAGGGGUCGGUGUGCCGCGGCGCGGGAGGCGGUGCGGGAGGCGGUGCGCUCCUGCGCACGGCCCGGGGCGGCCGGGGCACGGCGGCGGCGGCGGCGGUGGCGGCGGCAGCGGCGGGGAGCGGGCACCGGGCACCGCCGCGGGCCCGGAAUGAGCUGUGCCCCCGCCAGCGCCGACGCCUGACCCCUGCCCUGCCUGCCCUGCCUGCCCUGCCCGCUCUGCCCACGCCACCAUGCUCAUCAAGGAGUACCGCAUCUGCAUGCCGCUCACCACCGAGGAGUACCGCGUGGGGCAGCUCUACACCAUCAGCAAGCACAGUCACCAGGAGAGUGAGAAGGGCGAGGGCGUGGAGGUGGUGAAGAACGAGCCCCACGAGGACCCCGUCCACGGUCCUGGCCAGUUCACCGAGAAGCGCGUCCACCUCUCCAGCAAACUGCCGAGCUGGGCACGGGCCGUGACCCCCCGCAUCUUCUACGUCACGGAGAAGGCCUGGAACUACUACCCCUACACCAUCACCGGUGAGCCCCGGGCAGGGCGCGGGGACGGGCACCCGGGCACCCUGCCCCUCUCUGGCAACAGCGGUGGCUGCCGGGAGAGCCCGGCCACGGCCGCUUCCCGGUCUCACCGGUCCCUCUCUCCCCCACGAUGCCACCCGGGGACGCCGCCCCGUGAUGCGAUGUGCCACGGUGCUCCUGCAGAGUACACGUGCUCCUUCCUGCCCAAAUUCUCCAUCUACAUCGAGACCAAGUACGAGGACAACUGCGGGGACAGCGAGAACAUCUUCCGCAGCGAUAAAAUCCUGGGCGACCACGAGGUCUCCUUCCUGGACAUCGCCUUCGACGAGAUCCCCGAGCGUUACUACCGUAGCCUGGAGGACCCCCGUUUCUUCAGCUCGGCCAAGACGGGCCGGGGGCCACUGCGGGAGGGCUGGCGCCAGCACACCAAGCCCAUCAUGUGUUCCUACAAACUGGUGAGCGUCAAGUUCGAGGUGUGGGGGCUGCAGACGCGGGUGGAGCAGUUCGUGCACAAGGUGAUCCGGGACAUCCUGCUGAUCGGGCACCGGCAGGCUUUCGCUUGGGUGGACGAGUGGUGCGGGAUGACGAUGGAGGAGGUGCGGCGCUACGAGCGGGAGACGCAGGAGGCCACCAACGAGCUCAUCGGCCUGGUGGCACCCACCAUCUCGGUCAGCGAGGUGGGGCAACCCACGGUCACGCACUCGGCCCCCGCCAGUGCCCCCUCCACCCCCCUCGGCGACGAGGCCCCCGAUUUCCUCGCUCCCCCCAAGAAUCGCCCGCGCAAGAAGUCGGCGCCGGAGACCCUGACGUUGCCCGCGCUGCGGGAACGCGCUGGAGCCGAGUGACGCCGGCAGUGCCGCGCCGUGCCACCUCCUCGGCCAGACCGUGCCGGCCCUGCCGCCUGCCACGGCCCCUCCGACAGGCACCGACCCCGGGGAGGGACCCACCGUCGGGGCGCGGGGAGCCCUGGGGGGUAUUGGCCUCCCUGAGCCAUUGCGGGUGCCCACACGGGACGUUGCCACCAUCGCUGCGCUGGACCCGCUGCCUGCGCAGGGAGGGCACACCAGGCUGGCACGGGUCCCUGGCAGCGUCGGGCGAUGCCGUAGGCGCCGGUUCGCUCAGCACCGCCCGCCCCGGUUUCCACAGGGGCCGUGAAGGCUGGUGAGCAGUGGGGCUGCGGCAGCCGGUGCCUGUGUGCUGCGGCCAGGCUGGGCGCUGGUGCCGGGCUGAGCAGCCGCGGGGCUCGGCGAGCGGUGCUGGAGCACCACCCCGCACUGCAGCAUGCGUGACAGUGACAAUGACCGCUGGGGGCCUGGGCUGACGAUCCCCACGGGACCCCGGGGGCCGCACAGCCCCGUGCACGGCAGGUCCUGCAGUCGGGGUCCCCUUUGCCAUCCCGAGGGGGGCUGUGGUGGCCCGUGGGGUGCUGGGGCAGGCUCAGCCCUCUAGUCUCUUUGGGAAAACAAAGGCCUUUUCGGAAAUAAAAGCUUGAGACA